AUGGGUUUCCAGGUGGACCCAAGGGACGGGCAUCCAUCGAGGGUUUCCUCUGUGGAUGUUCCUCAUUAUAUGUCUUCAUCAUGGGUUUCUCGGGUUUUCCAACCUAUCACAGGGGCCACAGAAUGUUCCUUUUUAGUUGGUGCCACAAAUAAUCAUUGGGCAAAUUUAUUCGAGGUUAAGCUGACUGGAAAGUCUUCCUUUCCCCCUGUCUCUAUCACUUGUGAUAAGGUGAGCGGUAAGGUUGCUAUUUCUAUUCCUGACCAGGUGAUUGACCACAACAUUGCUAUCAUGGCGCUCACCCUUGUUGGAAAGUUCUUUGGGCCUAGACCCAACAUUGACUUGAUGAGGAUUUUUGUUAGUCGGAGGUGGAAGAUGAAAGGGCAAGUUGACGUGUCAGCUCUCCCUUGGGGUUUUUACUCCUUUGCGUUCUCUUGCACAGAGGAUAUUAUGACUAUCCUCUAUGGUGGCCCUUGGAUUAUGGGGAGGUCUUCCUUACCCCUUAAGAAGUGGAGUCCGAAUAUGGACUUGUCUGAAGCCUUUUAUGAAACUAUUCCUGUUUGGGUCAAAUUAUCGGGGCUUCCUCUGGAAUAUUGGCAUGAAGAUAUUUUCAAGGGCAUUGUUGGAGUGUUUGGGGAACUACUAUCCAUUGAUCCAAUGACAACUGCCUGGAAAAGAAUGGUCUAUGCUAGGAUUUAUGUGGGGGUGUCUAGAUCCAAGGAUCUCCCUUCGUCAGUUGAACUAGUGUCGAAAUUGGGAACGUUAGUUCAAACUAUUGAGUUUGAAUCAUUACCUUUCGUCUGUUUCUUGUGCAAAAAGGCAGGCCACUGGGUAACGAAAUGCCCUCAGAAUACUAAGAAAGAUUCCAACAAAGGACCUAUUGUCUGGAAACCCAAACUUGUGGACAUAGAAGCUCAAAACAAGAAGGAAGAUAUUGUACACCAGGAAGGGCCUGAUGGGAGCCAUGAAAUCAAUAAGGAAAAUAAUGUUCAACCAAGCUAG